GGACUGCUUACGCUCAGCUGAUUUAUCCCCUUGUCUUAAGUUUAUGGGUCAAAUCACCUGGAAGCUUUAGGCUGGUUGAAAACUGGCGGAUGUCCUACGUGUUGUACGCCACAAUAAAAACGGCCGUGAAAGCCCGUUACGUAUAAGAAUUUGAGAUGCUUCCCAGUUCCGACUCUCAAAACAGCAUUUACGUUCAGGUUGAGUGUUGAUUUACCUAUUUUAAGCCCAUACAAUGAUGGCCCCUACCACAUUCCCCCUCAGGGAGAUUCUCGCCGUCGCCGAAAUCCACCCCUUCUACAACUCUUCCGUCGAAUACCCUCCCACGCCAGAAUCAAUCAAGUCAGCAAUAGAAGUGGCUGGCAAGAGGUCGACGGAUAUUGACCUUAGCUCACUGCCCUUGGUUAGCAAGAAAGAUCUUUACAAAGUCAUUGCACGUCUUACAGACGACACAAGCCCUCAAAAUGAAUACAGACGUAGUUCUUACGUUAGCAUCACAGGCGGAGGCUCCGGUGGACUCCCGCUGAUGUUCGUAACUGACACCAAAGAAAACCGUAACCAGCGCGCAGUCUUUGGUGAAUUCUUGAGCACCUGUGGAGUUGUGGAGCCUCAUGAUUGGAUCUUGACAACUCACGUCUCCGGAUACUUCUACCGGUCUCUCGAUCUGCUAAGCGAGAUUCUGGAAAAUGCGGGAGCAACUGUUCUCAGCGCUGGAAAUUAUAUGACACCUGCCGAGGUUGUUCAUGCUUUGGCGCAUUACCACGUGAAUGUCAUUACCGGCGAUGGCAGCCAGGUCAUCCAAGUUGUUCAUCAUAUCUCUACACUCCCGGCAGAGGAGAGAGCGAAGAUCAAGUUAACCAAGGUUCUGUAUACAUCCGAGCCGCUCACGGAGUCUCAAAGAAGCCACAUCACAGCGACUUUAGGUCCGGUGAAGAUAAGCUCGGUCUGGGGAAGCGCAGAAGCAGGUCCAUGCGCUCUAAGUGAUCCCGAUCUUACCUCGCCCGAGCGCCCGCCCGGUACUAUGGACUUCAUCUUUGACACCCGACAAGUGGUCAUUGAGAUCCUACCCCCUUCGGCCUCUGAGGGUGAUUCAUCCGCCGGCAUAAAAUCCGUGCCGGAUGGCGAGGAAGGGAUCAUCGUCCAGACUUCUCUCCUCCGUCGUCGGAAUCCCCUUGUGCGCUAUAUCACAGGUGAUAUUGGGUCAUUGCAGCCGCUGCCCGAGAAAGCCCGCGCCAUCAUCCCUGAAUCCGAGCUCCAGCAUCUUCGGGUCCUCCGUCUUCGCGGUCGCGAUCGUCGCUUUAGCUUCAAGUGGUACGGCAUGUAUUUUGAAUUUGAGAGCAUUGUCAGCCUUAUGCAAGGCGAUAAGACCGGAAUACUUCAAUGGCAGGUCAUUCUAGCCUCCCUUGAAUCAUCUCCGCAGACGAAGCUGGAGCUUCGUCUGCUCCGCCAGGCGGAUAACGACCACAUCAUGUCUAAGGAAGAGCUUUUGGAUAAGCUAGAGAAGUACUUUUUUGUUUUGCAGGAGAACGAGCACCUUUUCCAGGUUACAUUCCUGGAUGACCUGUCGGGCUUUGAGAAGAGCAGUACGGGCAACAAGGUCAUGAAGUUUGUAGAUAAACUGCACUGAUCUAAUGGCAUAUAUAUUCUCUAUUGUUACCAGUACCAUUGUUACUUUCGAUUCGCAUACAUACCAGUUAACAUCGGUGUUGCAUUCGCUUUGUGAGUUUCGUGUCGUUGAUAGGGA